AUGCCGAUCACCGACCUACUCGACGAAAUCGACAAGGCCCCGAGGUUUCGUCCUCUGGUGGACAAGGUCGUAGAGGCUCCUCCUCCUCAAGCUCCAAUGGAAAACAGAUCCCGUCUUCCGCGUGUGCCCAUGCCCGGUUCAGCUUCCCGUACUACCUACGAAAUGGCAAAGGCAACAUCGACAAGUUCUCUCCAAAGUCGUGGUGCUGCUGCAGGGGCAGGGUCUAGCCUAAAAAGCCCCAACAAGCAAGCCGUUGCUUCUUCCAGGAACAACGGCGGAUCCCCCACACAGGCCCCCAGGGCGGGCUCCGGCCCCACGCGCACCCCACGCACCACCAGUGCCUGUGCGGAUCCUCUCGCCAAGCCGGACCCAAACCCGGGUCCCUCCGACCGCCCCUCCCCUACCGGUACUACUACCCCGUCCACUUCUCAACCAGCUGCCCGCAAGCAACAGACCAAGAAGGCCGCAAACCCUUUCCCGCCCAAGAAGCGCAUUGCCAGUACUGCCAAAAAUUCCACAGCACCAUCGUCCUCUCGUGCCGCUGCUCCGUCCACCAAGGCCCAACCCAAGCAGCCGCCCAAGCCUGUCAACGAACAAGUCAAAACCGAACACAGCCCCGACGACUCAGACCACGACUCUCUUUUCAGCGAUACCGUGCUUCAAAGCAUCGAAAAGCCCACGAAACCCGCUCCCGCCCGUCGCCAAAAAGGCUCCCAGGUGAAAAAGAUCAUCAGUCAGGCGAAACGCGACGUUACAGCAAAAAGACAAGCACAAGUCAAACUCCAGGCUGAAAAGGCCAAAAGAGCAGAGGCUGCGAGAAUAGCCAGAGAAGCCGAAGACGUUAGAGAUCUCGCUGCGAGAUCUUUGAUCAGCCCUUCGCUCACCCCGACGAUCAUAGCGCCCAUCGGAGAGGUGAAACUCACCCGCGGCAAUCCAUUGUCGGCACUCUUGGCCACAUCAGACGCCGACAUGGAGCCACUGAAACAUGGGGAUUACCCCAUUAUCAUCAGUGAUGCCUUGCUAGGCAAAGCGUCCAAAGAAACAGUCAGCGGCAUUCGCUACAACCACAAACCGGCGCUCUCGUCCGACAUUGCCCCGAGCCAAGCAAGGCUUAAGCGGUCCGCUAAGGAUGGCUCGUACAACCUCGGCUUCGAUGAUAACGGAGACAAGUAUCAAUACAACGGCGUCCGCACUGCAGCAGACAGUCAGUAUGUACUCGUUUUCGAUCCAGACCGCAAGGCUUUCGUUCUCCACCAGGUGAAUUCAAUGUUCAACAUGAACAUCACCAAAACGCCGACCGACACCAAUGCCGCGAAGCAAUACCCUCCCUUGGAUGUCAAGGGUACUGUCCUCGACAAGCCGGCCCCCAAGGGAAAGGCAUCAACAGCUGCAUCCAAGAACAAGGAAGCGCCCACCAAGAACGCGCCUGCUGGUAGGGGAAGAGGAAAGGCAGCCCAGAACAAGCAAAACCCCGGAACCUCCAAGCCUGCCUCGCCGCCGCGUGCAGAGGCAGAAGGACACACAACCAAGCGCCGCAAGCCAUCACCUGCUGAUUCCGAGGACGAAGAUGAGGAUGACGAUGAUGGUGGCUUGACGAUAGAAUACCCCGAUGGUCCCCCACCAGAGCGGUUCAAGCCGGCGGGCCAUAAGUUUGCUUCCCCGCCUAUCGCUCUGACUCGUCGCUUCUCCGAGUUCGCGGCAGCCUAUAACCCUGACGAGGAGGAGGACGUCAAUAUGGACGCCGAGGUCGAUUGCCGAUUCAACGAAGACGCCGAUGGAGAAGGCGGUGGAUACGAGGACGACGAUGAGGAGGAUGAAGACGAGGACAUGGUGGAUGCUUUGGCCUUACCAAGCCCGAUCAACAAACCGACGGCAAUGGUAAGGUCCACUAGCUACCAGGAGAACCCAUUGCCUCCUCCUGAGCGCUUCAGUUUCGACGAUGGCUCCGACAUGGAGGCGGAGUUCGAGAACGUUGAAGAGUCGGCCCCGACCAACAAUCAGGCUAAUGCUGCUGAUGUUAUCGAUGACGACGAUAUUGCUGCCAUGGAGGCGGAGCUUGCGAAGGAAGCAGAGAGUGACGUUAGCGAGGAGGAGUAG